AUGGUGGCUUUCAAUUUGGCCAAGAUGUUGAGGGAAGAGAGGGUUCAGAAAGUGGCCAUUGCUAGCUCCGGUGUUAACAUGACACUUGUUAACAACGUGGCGUUGGUUCAGAGGGCUCAAUUGGACAACAUUGAGGACCUCAUGUUGCCUUACACGGACUUGAAACUUGAGACGGUGAGGGGAAUGAGGUUCCCGAAGAGGCCCAAGACUGAUGACUACCCAAGAUGCAGGAAACUCUACAUAAACACAUGUGGGAUUGAGUUUGAAAUUCUCAAGCUCGUCCCAUAUACCUCUAAGCUUAGUAAAGAAUUCAAUAAUGAAGAGAUUAUCUUGUUUGAGUGA